UGCAGAGUUACCUACAGAUGAUGAACUUGUUAAAGAAAUUCUUUUGGCUAAAGAAGUCUUAUAUCUGACACAAAUAGAUAUGAAAGAUUCAAGUGAGGAAAAAAAAGCAAGUAUUUCUGUAAAGAUAGAAAGGGAAGCACUUGUGAUAGUUAAGAAGUUUUUAGAACAAAGAGAAUUUAUAACAGAAA